AUGGAGCUUCUCAACUACCAAUUCAACGACAAGAAGCUCCUGGAGGAAGCUCAGACUCACCCUUCCUACACCGAUUCGCCGUCGUACCAGAGGCUUGAGUUCGUCGGCGACGCCGCCUUAGGUAUCGCGAUCUCCAAUUUCUUCUUCCUCGCUUACCCUGACCUCCUCACCGGCCAACUCUCUCUCCUCCGCUCCGCCAAUGUCAGCACCGAGAAGCUCGCACGCGCCGCCGUACGACAUGGCUUGUACAAGUAUGUCCGGCGUAACACUGCCGCUCUUGAUGAGAAGAUAGUAGAUAUAGUCCGCAUAUAUGUGAGGGAUUUCACGUUGGCUGUUCGGCCGGAGGCAGAUACGGUGGUGUACGGAGGGACGGUGAAAGCGCCGAAGGUUCUUGCUGACAUAGUUGAGUCUGUUGCUGCGGCAGUUUAUGUUGAUUGUCAGUUUGAUCUGCAAGCUUUUUGGGUGGUGCGCGGUUCUCAACAACGACAGCCCGUGACCAUGCUUUUUGAAUUUUGUCAAAAAGAGGGUAAGCAAGUGAAUAUCAAGUACAGGAGAAGAAGGAAGAAGAACAUCGCCAGAGUUUACGUGGACGGGAAAUUUAUUGCCUCAUCAUCCUGUGAGCAGAAGGAAAAUGCCAAGUUUCAAGCAGCAAAGGCAGCUUCGGAGAAGUUGUCUCACUCUAACGGCGAGGACAAAAUGAAUGUUGACAUCUACAUCAGUAUGAAUGGAACCAAUGAGAUUGAAGGAGCAAAACAAAAGUUGCAUGAGAUUUGUGGCAAGAAGAGGUGGCCAAAACCCACUUACCAGUAA